AAGUUUGUUGUAAAUUAUUAUUUAGCAUGCCAUUGCACCAAAGAAGAUUAUUAUUUUUCGUGUGUGAAAAAAUAGUGAUUUAUGAUGCAAAUAGAGUGAUUACAUAUUGUGAAUUUUUUAAUUAUAGUUACUGAAGACACAUCAAAAUAGAUAAAAGAAUUUUAUUGUGGGAAAAAAAAAUUAUUGUUGCAUCAAAAUUAAAGAACAUUACAAUGUAUAUAACCUAAAAUGAGUUCAAGUUAUGUGUUUUUAUUGGUUUUUAUCUUUGGAACAUCGUUACUUGUGUUAGCUGAAGAAUUAUGUUUUACAUCUCUUGGAGCAUCAGAAAACGGAACGCUUCCAAGCUCAGCAUUUACAGCUUCUUCAGAAAAUGAUUUUUUUUACAAAGCAUCACAUGGUCGCUUAGGGAAUGCUCCAAGUGCGUGGAUACCUAAAAAUUUUCAACCAAUUACAGAUUUGUAUGAUGAGUUUCUCCAAAUUAAUUUUCAAAAAAUGUUCACAAUUACUGGUAUUGCAACGCAGGGUUUCACUUCAGGAAUUUUCUUUGUAAAAACAUUUUUUCUUAAGUUUAGUACUGAUGGAGAAAUAUUCGAUGAUUACUUACAUACAAAGGUUCUGAAGAUUUUUGAAGCAAAUGUAGAUACAUCUGGAGUUGUUGUUCAAAAAUUGCCAUGCUCAGUUGUAGCAAAGUAUAUUCAGUUUGUGCCACUAGAGUUUGCAAAUGGGAUAGCUUUAAAAGUGGAUGUUUUUGGCUGUGGUUUUACAGAAGAAAAAGAUAACCAAAUUGAAGAUUACAAAGUAGAACGUGUCACCACAAAUGGUGCUGAGAUAUCUUGGAAUCAAAAUUCACUUGAUAUAGAGUUUUUUUACAUUGCAUACUAUCCAAUUGGGGAUUCUUCUUCUUUAAUAAAAUAUCUUGUUAAUCCACAAAAUUAUAAAGGAACUGAUAAAAAUAUAUAUAUACAAAGUUUAUCUGGUCUCUUUAGCUGUACAGAUUAUCAAAUUCGUUUAAGUGUUUACAAUAAAAUUGGUUGUGGUGUACCACGAGUUUACUCAAUUACAACAUCCACUUUGCCUUCUAAGCCUAUACCACCUCAAAAGGUUGAAUAUGAAAUUCUUCAGCCAGAAACAGUUUUUUUAAGAUGGCAGAAAAGUAGAAUUGGUUACAAUUGCGCAAAAUUUAUAACUAAUUUUAAAAUUGAGUAUCGGCUUCAUUCAACCAGGAGUUCAUAUGCUGUUGUACAGGUUUCUGGUUCAGCAAGUUUUUAUAAUCUCACUGGAUUGCAGGGAUGGCAGAAGUAUGAUAUCCGCAUUCAAUCCAUUGGAACUUAUGGUGAAAGUGAUUAUAUCACAUACACUAUAAGUGUUGAAGGAAAAGUUCCUGAUCAGCAAAUUGUUAUAACAACUUUAGUUUCUGAAGAACCUCAAACUAUACUUGUUAAGUGGCAGAAUCCACCUGUUGAAAAAGUAAAUGGUUAUUCAGUAUACUUUCGUGUCAAAAGUGUUCCUCCACUUGAAUGGGAACAUAUUGGACUUCCAAGCACAGCAACCUCCAUACGUAUUUCGCCGACAGCAAAAAUGUUAGAACCAUGGAAGACAUAUCAGGUGUAUAUAUCCUUGUACAAUAUUCGUCAUAAACUUGACUCAACAAUUGAAGAGGUCUUAGUAAAGGGAAAAGCUCCUGGGCUAGCACCAUCAAAUCUGGUGGCUGAUAUUAAAUUAGAAACAAAAAUCAGUUUGCAUUGGGAAUCUGUUUCAAUGGAGUAUCUACCAGUAAUAUUUCAAGGUUACCAAAUGUUUUACGCUGAAGGAAAUGAAACUUUAAUCAAAGCGCAUGUAUAUCCAUCUAUGGAAACACAGCGUAUCAUGCAAAAUUUAAAACCUGGUACAAUAUAUCGUUUUGCAGUUGCAGCUGUUUCUAACAAUUUACUAGGACCAUAUUCAAAUAUUUUAGAAGUUCAAACUAAUCAUGGACAAUUAAACCCUCCAAAAAUCAAUGUGGCCUCAAAUUAUGCAAACACCAUUUUUGUGGAGUGGUUUUUUGCUGAAGAUGUUUUUAUGUCUAGUUUAACUGUUAGUUAUAAAAUUCUUGGCUCAGGUGUUUGGUCUUCCAAAGUUAUUUUAAGUGGUAAAAACAACACCAUUGCUCAACUUGAGCCAUGGGUAGAAUACGAAGUUCAAGUUGAACUUGACAGCUUUGGAAGAAAAGCAACUUCUGAUAUAAAAAAGGUCUUAGUUAUUGGAGAAGCACCUGGUUCUGCACCUAAGAACUUGUAUGCAACGUCAGUUGAAGAAUCAAGAAUAGGCUUAGUAUGGGAGAGUAUUGAACCUGUUUUUAUUCCAAAAGUAUUUAAUGGGUAUCAAGUAUGGGCUGCAUUGGAUAAUGAAUCUUUUUAUUCUGCAAGUGAGUUUAUAAUGAAUACACAAUAUACAGUACGAAAUCUUGCACCAGCAUCAUCAUACAAAUUUAAAGUUACAGCUAUCUCCAAUAAGCAGUUUGGUCCUUUUUCUGAAGUUCUUUCUCUUUCAACAUUACCAAUAAAAGCUCCAUUAUCACCUAUAAUUACAGAAGUAGAGAAAAAACCUGGGAAAAUCAAGAUAAACUGGGAGUCUCGCUCAAAUUCCAGAGUUCCAAUUUCUUUGUUUAUUAUAACCUUAAGAGACAGGAAAAGUCUUCAAGAAAACACUACUUUCCAUUAUACUGAUAGUGAUGCUUAUGAUCAAAGGAGUUUUUCACGACUAAUUGCUGUGCCUCCAUUUACAUCAUUUGUUAUUACUCUUAAGUCUUGCAUUCGUGAUACUUGUAGUCCUGCUUCAGAUGAGAUGUUUAUUACAACUAUGGAAGAUGCACCUUCACAUGUUUUAAAUCUUCAAGUUCAAGAAACACUAGAUGAUGUAUAUGUUAGCUGGGAGCCUCCAAUUUAUGUUAAAGGUAUACUACGAGGUUACAUGGUUGAAUUAAUUGAUCCACUAACAAACAAAAUAAUCUCUACAGAUAUCCCAGACAACACUACUAACACAAAGAAGUAUCAUGGCUUACCCUGUUAUAUUGACUUGAUUGUUAGAGUAAAAGCAAUGACUGCACUUGUUGGUCCUGCUGUGAACAAAACAUUUAGAAGUCCUGAGGGUUUGCCAACUGCACCAACAAAUUUUAAAGCAAUUCUUUUAAAGGAGGAUUUAAUGUCUGUUACGUGGGAUUCUCCAUCUAAGGCCAAUGGAGUGAUAACAAAAUUCAAAGUUGUUUGUAUUGGUACAAAGAGCUAUAAUCCUUCUUUUAUUUCCAACUAUGAAGAAGAGGUUGAUUUUAAUAUUUAUGUUGUUAGAAUAAAGGGGUUACAACCAGGUACUACAUAUAAAGUGCAAGUUUCAGCAAGAACUAUUAAAGGAUAUGGUGAAGCAAGUUUACCUCGUUAUUUUAAUACUCCUGUAAAAGCGCCUCCUCCACCUCCCAUACCAAUUACUGAAAAAGUAUCUUCAAGCUCAAUAGUUAUUCAUUUAUCACCAUCUGCUGAUGUUAAUGGACCAAUCAGUGCAUAUCAAAUUAUUAUUGAAGAGUUAGAGAGUAGUUUAUUGAAUAGAGUAUCAAGAAAACGUAGAAGUCAGGAACUUCCUCAAGAAUUACAUGACUAUCAGACUGCAAAGAGUCUGGGACACAAGUUUUAUAUUACAGCUGAGAUUGAUGCAAUUCAAGUACCGUCUAAGUUUGAAGUUGGUGAUGGUGUUAAUUACAAUGGUUAUUUAAAUGCCCCGUUGCAGCCAAAAACGAAGUACCAGCUUCAUGUUAGAGGGAAAAUCAAAUCACCUGAGGGACUAGAUCUUUAUGGAGCAGCAACUACAUUGAGUCUUCCUUUAACAAGAGAAGACGAAGAGCAUUCAAAAUUUUCUUUCCCAAAAAAUACUUUGAUAAUAAUUAUCUGUUGUAUUCUUGUGUUGAUUGGUUUAUUUAUUUUUUGCAUAUGGUUUUGGAAAAGGCACCAUCCUAAAAGCUACAGCGACCCUGUAAAAAUCAGCCUUGUUCCAAUUCAAAGAAAAGGAUCAGAUUACAAAGAUGGUACAGUAAAUUUCAACAACAUAAAUCUAAAUUAUCCUCCAAUAGAAGUCACUGCUUUUCCGAAGGCAGUGGCUAAGUUACAUAAAAAUGAUAACAUUGGAUUUAAGGAAGAUUACAAGCAACUAAAAAUUGGAAAAGAGUUUCCUUAUGAUAUUGCUCAUCUGCCAGAAAACAAGCCAAAAAAUCGAUAUGCUAACAUUGUAGCUUAUGAUCAUUCUCGUGUUAUAUUAUCUAAGAUUGAAAAUGAACCUGGUUCAGAUUAUAUUAAUGCUUCAUACUUAGAUACCUAUAAAAAAGCCAACUCUGCUAUUGCUACUCAAGGGCCGUUGCCUAACACAUUCAAUGAUUUUUGGCGAAUGGUUUGGGAAGUAACCUCAUCUUGUAUUGUAAUGCUAACAAAUCUGCAAGAGAAAAACAAACUUAAAUGUCACAAGUACUGGCCUGAUGCUAGCAACGAAUAUGGGCAAGUAAUUGUUAAUUUACUGGCUGAAGAAAUAUUUGCUGAUUAUACAAUAAGAUCAUUCAAAAUUGCGCACAAGAACUUUGCACAAGAGUUUCGUGAGGUUAAACAGUUUCAUUUUACUUCCUGGCCAGAUCAUGGCGUUCCUACCCAACCAACUGCUUUAUUAUCAUUUUGGAGGAAAGUUCGAUCAUAUGAGAAACCUAAAAGUGGCCCAAUUAUUGUUCAUUGUUCUGCUGGAGUAGGAAGGACAGGUGUUUAUAUUGCUCUAGAUGCAAUGUUAGACAGAUUAAAAGAAGAAGGAACUGUAGACACAUUUAAUUUCAUAACAGCUAUGAGAAUGAGAAGAAUUGCAAUGGUGCAAACUGAGGACCAAUACAUAUUUCUACAUGACGCUAUUGUUGAAGAAAUAUUAUCUGCAGAUACAGCCGUAUCAAUUGCAUCACUUAGAAACACUAUUAAAAAGCUUAAUCAAAUAGAUAAUGAUUCUAAAGUAUCUGGUUUUGAAAAACAAUGGAAGAUUUUAAAUCAUGGUAAUCCAAUUCAACCCGCGUCUGAAGUAGCAAUGGCGUUACAAAACAACUCUAAAAAUAGAUUUUCAACAAUCCUUCCCACAGAUAGUAGUCGAGUUUUGCUGUUGCCAAUUGAUGGAAGUGAAGAAACCACAUAUAUUAAUGCAGUGUAUAUAGAUAGUUACAAGCAAAAAAAUGCUUAUAUACUUUCACAAUGUCCAUUACCAAAAACAGUAGCAGAUUUUUGGAGGAUGGUUUGUGAACACGGUUCAUCAACCAUAGUUAUGCUAAAUACUCUUGAUGAGGGUGAUGACUAUGCAACUUUCUGGCCAGAAAAAGGUUCUUUUAACUAUGGAAAGAUCACUGUAGCAAGUCUUGAAUCUUCUAAAAGUGAUGAUAUAAAUUUAAAUGGCGUUUUAAAACUACCUGUUGAGUUGAAUGUUAGAAACUUCAAAGUGUCAGACGUUAGGCAAUCCAACAUGUUGUUAACCGUAAAAUUGUUGCAGUAUACCGGUUGGACAGAGACUCGAGUUCCAACAAAUUACAAAACAAUGAUCAGUCUUCUGGUUAUUAUUCAGAAAUGGAUACAACAGAGUAAGGACAGUCCCAUCAUUAUUUUAUGUAGUGAUGGUGUUGGUCGCAGUGGUACUCUGGCAGCUAUACUGUACACAUUGGAGCAACUGAAAAUAGAGCAAGUAGUUGAUGUAUUUCAAGCAGUAAAAAGAAUGAGAAUGCAUCGUCCACAUCUCGUAAAGUAUAUGGAUCAAUAUAGAUUCAUCUACUUGGUUGUGCAAGAAUAUUUAAACACAUUCGGCGAUCGCACGAAAUAAUUUUUCAACUUUUUUAGCUUUAUUGUAAUUGAUAAAUUCUUAGCUCUAUCUUUUUAUAUAUAUAUAUAAAUAAUAUUUUUCUAAAAUAAAAAUAACUUUUUAUUCGUAUUUUAUAACAAUAGAAAAAUUUCAAAAUUAUUGUAAAAAAUAUGUUUUGAAAAAAUCCUCACGUCACUAUCACAGAAAUAAAAAGAUUUCGUUCA